UCGAGUUUGCGCUUGACUUGACUGGCGGCAGCUGCGCUCAGAAGCCUUCUUCUAGCCCCUUUCGAUUUUUUCUCAAGGUUUAAAUAGAGUGAUUUAAAAUGACUGAGAUUGGUGCAGACAGGCUCCUGGCCUGCUUGGAUGUUUCUGAGAUCGAUAAGUUUGUGCUCAUCGAGGAGCAUAAUCUGGCUGACAGUAACUUUGUGUUAUCCCAUCUUAUGAAGCAGGUGCUAAACAAUAAAAAGAAUAAAAUUUGCUUUGUAAUGAUGCACAACACCGUUGGACAUUAUCACAAUGUUGGUAAGAGGUUGGGUUAUGACCUCCUGGGCAAGGUGAAGGAUGGCUCCAUAGCCAUUAUAGAGCCCAUGACAGCUAUAUUUGAUGAGCUCAUGAAGCAAAGCUAUGGAUUGUACACAAAUAAAGUGUUGGACCAGAUGAUCAUAGCUUUGGAAACUGCUAUUAAGUCUCAGAUGCAAACAUUUAAGGUUGAGGAUGGGGGUCAUGUGCAUAUGAUUAUAGAUGAUCUGAGCCACUUGUUUGAUAUUGGCAUUGGCUUUGGAAAAGUAGUGAAUUUUGUUAGUUCUAUAAACAAAUUCACACACCAGAAGAAUUUCAACGUGUUAAUCAACAUGCACAUAGGCGACGAAAAUGAUCAUAGAAUCAGUUCAGCUCUCGAAUUAAUUGCAGACAUUCACAUAGAUGUGGCUCCUUUGAAGACGGGCCACAGUAGCGAUGUUACCGGAGUUCUCACUAUUACAAAAGAUGGAGGCGGCUCUGAAAAUAUUUACCACUACAAAGCUCUGGAGCGUGAGAUAAGAACCUUCAGACCUGGCGAAUCUCUCAAUUUCUUGUACAGAUAGUCCAUUGUAUACUACAUAUUUAAUGGCACUAAUAAAUAUUAUUUACAAUAA